AUGGACGGUAUUCGUUCUGCUUUACGCGUGGACCCAUGUGCUGCUUUCAAAGCCGUAUACCACCAUACCGAGGACGUCCGUGCGAAUGCAACCAUCCACCCGUUCCACAUUGGUCUUGAGCGCUGCGGUAUCGGUUGUAGAGACGGCGAUCUCGUUUGUGCAGGCGGCAGAAUCGUUGAUAAGGACCGUGUUCCUCAUUACCAAGCCCACGGUGCUAGCCAAGGCUACCCUCUGGGCUCUCAAGAAGACAUGCUGUAUUUUGCAAAGAAUCCAAUGAUGGGAAUGAAUAUGGGCCUGGAAAUGAUGGAUGCCCGUAUGUCCAUGAUGCCUCCCAUCAUGAUAGGUGGUGCCAACAACCAACACGCAUCCAAGAUGAUGCCACCCAUGAUCGACCCUCGGAUGUCAAUGAUGCCGCCAAACAUGAUGAUCUAUAUUACUGAGCUCGAGGCCAAGUUAGCCAAGUCGGUGCAAAAUGCCAUACAAGACCAGCACGUCCUCAACGAUCUCAAGACUAAGAUUGUUAAGCUCAAGGAGAUGGAUGAAAGUACCCAGAGCUAUAUUGGUGAGCUCGAAGGACGACUAGUCACAUAUGAAAAGGAGCGAGAUCGAUUAACCAAGACGACCGAAGAAGCUCAAGAACGAUUGGUCGAACGACGUGCCCAAUUGGACAAGCUCAAGCGACGGUGUCGUUGA